GCCUUGCAAGGACUUGGUCGUUCAUUCAAGGACAGCUUAACCAUGCCAGAUCCGACUGGUCAGAUGUUUUCAACUAGCUUCGAGAGAGAAGAGCGGGAUUCCUUUCCUAACAAAGAAGUGAAGGAACAAUCUGGUCAUUAUGGUAACUUGCCAGAUCGGACGGAUUUGGUGGGCCGCAAUGAAACAUGCGAACGUAUCAUAACUGCCCUGUCUUCAAACAUGGCUGUUGAAAUUGUAGCACCACCUGGAUAUGGGAAAACGUCGGUGGUAAUAGAGGUCGCCCAUAGGAUGAUCGAAAGGAAAACGUGUGUCGCGUACGUUAAACCUGGAGGUGUCACUUGUGUAGAAGAUUUAGCAAGCAAAAUAAUCGAGACCCUUGGGUACGUUCCUGGUGAAAACACAAUAACUGAAGCAUUAAGUUGCAUAUCUUCUCUAAAGAGAAAAAGUGUUGUGUUGAUCAUUGAAAACAUUGACAACUUACUGCAUCUUGAGGAUCAAUUGAGCAACGAUAAAUACCAUCAGGAAUUAAAAUCUGAAAAUUGCUGUACUCAAAUGUGGGGUAAAGUCACGCAGGGCGACUUUUUGACAUUUCUUAAAUACCUCGGACAAAGUCCAAACAUCCAGCUUGUCCUCACAUCACGAGAAACCUAUGAUUUCAAUGGGUCUCUUCCUUUCGAACUGAUUAACCUAGAACCUCUGAAUGACAAUGAUUCAGCCUCUAUGUUCUCAAAGUGUGAGGAUGGCCUGGACGACGAUCUGAUUAAGGAGCUGGUCAGCGUUUGUGGUGGUAUUCCCUUGAUGAUCUGCACAGUGAUCUCGAUUCUAAAGGGAGAAAAUCCCCAGAAGGCGGCCCAACUUUCCACAACUUCACCUAGUUGUCUUGCUAGAGAACUUGAACUUGUAGCCAACGAGGAUCGCAUCGCCAAAUCUCUUGAAAUCUGUUUUGAUCGCUUAAGUCAAGAAAAUCAGAAGAUUAUUUUGAUGCUCUCAACAUUUCCACACAGAUUCACGCAAGAGCAAUUUCAAGCAGUCUUUGGGUCAUCUGUCACGGCUGAUUUGCAAACUUGCCUAAAUUCCUUGAGGCAUAGCAACCUCCUUCGCUUCGACAGGAAAAAUUGUCAGUAUUCCCUCCAUCCUUUCAUACGAGAUUUCUUUUCACUGAAGUCCGAUCACAUAGACGCCAAAUCAACUUUCAUUCGUCAUUACAGUGACUUGGCUGUUACACUUUGCGAAACAUUCUUGAGUAAAGAUUGCAAGUUGGCAAUUGAUCAGUACAGAUCUGAAAAGGACAACAUUCGGGAAGCCAUGGCUUGGUGUGGAGACGAUCACCCUGAGCUUGACCAAACUUUCAGGGAGCAAUGCAUCGACGCCUUUAACGAGGCAGCUGGAUUUCUUGCCAAGGUGAUGCGCAAACAAGAAUUUCAGUCGCUCUUUUGCAAGCUUGCGUAUCAAUGUCGCUCCCACUUGCACCUCUACAGUGCUUGCUUGACGAACAUCGGAAUGAAGAUAGUGUUAAGCUGCACAUGUACCCCUCACAUUUGUCCAAGAGCCUUGUAUCAGGCCAGAGAAAUGUUGACUCAAGCAAUUGACAUUCAAUCAACACUUAUGGACGUGAAGGACGCCACUCGUGCCCAGUGCAUGAGCAAGUUUGGAUUUUGUUAUGUUCGCGAGGGGCGCGUUGAUGAGGGCUAUGAAUAUCUCGAGAUCGCCUUGAAAUUGCGACGGGACAGAGUAGAGAAACUAAACAGGAUCAAAGAUCAUGUCAUGUUAGCUGCCUGUUUCAACGAUGUAGCAGCUUCUCAAAUGGUGCAGCGAAAACACAUGCUGGCCAUCCAAACAAGGCUGUCACAUGUCCUUCCUGUUUAUGAAGAGAACCUCGGUGACCACCCUUUUACGGCAACCACUCUUAGUUGGAUUGGUAACAGUUACCACGCCUUGGGUGACUACGACAACGCCAUUAAAUACAGCAGCAGAUCAAUUUCAAUCCGAAGGCAACUGUUGGGGCAACAUCAGGAAACUGCGAAGUCUCUGUAUGAUGUGGGUGUGGCUUACAGCGCGAAACAGGACUAUGAAACAGCCCUCCACUACCUGAAAAAGGCAGUUGAUUACCAAGAAAAAGUGUUAGACACUCAGGACGAGCUGAUUCACACCCAUCAAGCCAUGUCAAUAGUUCUUUGUGCUCUUGGAAGAAACGAAGAGGCAGAAGAAGAAAUAAAUCAAGCAAGCAAGCUAGAUUCUUGGGAGGCUCCUUUAAAUAAACUGAGGACCCAAGAACGAGACAGCGAAUGGAUAGAUGUUUUCCCCUGAAAGCCACGGAAUUCAGCAUUGUAGAAAACACCUUUUGCAUUAAACCGUUAAUAGGAUAUAGGUCUGACAAUAGAUCAAUCAACUGAACAAAAAGAAUCAAUGCUUUGAUAUUUACUAAGUUUCCGUUCACUGAUUUGGUUUGUUACUCACUGCGGUCAGUAAAGUGCCAGUGUUAAGGACACUAGCCAGAAGGCUCAUUAUUGAAUUGAUUAUUGAUUAGUUUAAUAAUUUCAGAAUGAUCCUAGAUACGAACAUAGUCACAAUGUUUAUCUGUUUGUCUAUAUUUCUAUUGGUUUUGUAAUCGGACCUCUCAGCGUCACCACGCGCAUAUAAAAGGCGAGUUCAGUGUCCCUGUAAUCACUUCUUUGUAAGCUUUCUUAAACUUUCUUCCUUUCGUUUUCUUAAAACUUUGGCAUAAGUGGGAACGAUAUGUGAAAACCUUUAUAACUUUGUUUUCUUAAGUUUAGUUUCUCAGUAUUGGGCAAAAGUAUACAAACAGACAUUUUGUUGUAGUGCCUUAUUUUCAAUUGAUUUAAAAUUAAAAAGCCAAAAUUGUAUCAGAUGAAAGUGAAAGCCCACCAUUUAGAUAAGAACAAUGGAUUGUUAACCAGCCACCAAAAUUCUUGUAAUUUUUGUACCGAAACUUUUGUACUUUAACGUAGCUUGUACUGGUUUUUUGUAUUGUUCAUUGUCAUUCUAAUCUCGUUAUCGGCGUUAAGGCUCAGUUUUUAACGCGCAAUUUUUUUAUUAAGUAUUUCGCAGCAUUUCACUAGAUUGAUAGAAUUUACUUGUUUUAUUGUUUCAGUUUACAACUGAUUGUGAGAUUGAUCGUGAUUUUGAUCGUUGAUUGUGG